AUGGCUGGGACUUCUUGGCACCCCAGCGGGACGCCCCAGCAGCUUGUCGCGGCUCUUGCCUGCCUGCUCCUGAGUUGGCCUGCGCUGCAGAGACACGUGUCCUCGCCUGGGACCGAACCCCACCCAGCUGUCUACCUGCUCGCCCCGGGUGCACUUAACAGCAACAGCCCCGACGGCCCCAGCGUCCUGAUGACCAACCCCGGGCUCCGAGUGCCUCUGGGCCGCUCACUUUGGCUCGACCCGCUCCGGGACCUGGUGAUUCGAGUGCAGCGGGACCGGUGCGAAGUGACGGUGCUCGGUGCUGUGCCUCUGCUCCAGGGCGCGCUCUCCCCGCGCCGCUUCCCUUGCGCUUUCGGGCCCCACCAGGUCCAGUACACUCACUUCGGCUCCCGCAGCCCCGGACGCGCCCGGGUGCGGCUGCAGCUGCGCUACGAAGCCCCGACUUACACUCUGGCGCUGCCCUUCACGCUGGCGGUAGACGCGGUCUUCUCCCAGCUGCAGCUGGUGACGCUCAGGGCUCUGGCCGUAGAGGAGCUGCGGGGCUGGAGCCACGCCGUGGACAGGGGAGUGCUGCACUUGGCCUCUCCGGAAUCCCGAGCCGCGGCCACCCGCGCGUGCCGGCUAACCCCUCUCCUUCACGGGGGCGGCCCAUUGCCCAAGUACAGGCACUUGGUGGACCCCGUGGGGGGCCCUCUGCCCAGGGACAAGAGCUUAGACUGUGAGGCUUUCGUCCGGGCCGGGGUGCGCUAUCAGCACACCGCCGCCACCUCCUCGCCCAGCCACGACUACGUGCCUGCGCUGGCGGAGCUGCAAGGGCCACGGGACGGAGGCUCUGGCUGGGUUGGUGGAGGUGCGGGUGGAGUGCGGGUCCGUGAGCACUUCCAGCUGCUGGUGAGGAUCCGCGAGGGAGCCGAGAGCACGGCGCCCAGGCCCAGCUUCGGGGCCCUGUUGAUGGCGGAGGUCGACCAGUUCUUGCUAACAGCCCUGACACCUGACACUCUGGCCGCAGAGGACAUCGAGUCAGACCCUGACGACCUGGUCUUCAGUAUUCUCAAUGUCCGCACAUCCCCACCAGGGCACCCGGGCCAGCAGGGCUACGUGGUCAGCACUGACAAUCCUCUGGGCCUUCCAGUCUCUUCCUUCACCCAGCGGGCGCUGCGGGAACUGAAAGUCGCCUAUCAGUCCCCGACAGAGAACCCUUACGGGGAGCACCUCGUCCAGCUGGAGCUGGAGGUGGUGGACGGAGAUGGCGCCACCUCAGACCCCUUUGCCUUCACGGUGGUAGUGAAGUCCAUGAACACCUUGGCCCCAGUGGCUAGCUAUAACAGGGGACUACUGCUUUCUGAAGGUCAGUCAAAGCCCCUGUCCAGACACAACCUUCAGAUCAGUGACAAAGAUAAUCUGAAAAAGGUGAAAAUAGCUGCGGUCAGGGGCUUGAGGCAUGGACGGCUGGUAGUGCUUGGGGCACCUGCCAGGUACAAAUAUUUCACACCAGUGGACCUGGCAGCAGGGCGAGUGAUGUACCAGCAUGAUGGCAGCAACACCUACGGUGACAACAUCACCUUCUGGAAGGAGGAUAGGCUCCAUCAGGUGGAAUUCCUCUUCCCCCUCACCAUCAUACCUGUCGAUGAUGGACCGCUGAUGGUCAGUGCCAAUAGCGGACUCGCACUGACUGAAGGACAGGUGGCCCAGAUCUCCCCCUCUGUCCUGAGUGCUACAGAUAUGGAUUCUGAGGACUCAACCACCCACUUUGUCCUGGCGGACCAUCCUCUGGAAGGAAAAGGAGAGAGAGAGUGGGAUCUGGCUCUUGGUUCCUCCUAUUCAAGCCGGCACCUGGGAGACAUGCUGUUGUGACAGGUUGAACCACGUUCAUCCUCUGUAGAUGAAGACUGGAACUAUGUGGAAAAGGAAGGACUUUAUGAGAAGGUGGUGACUGGGUGGCUACAAAGAGACAAUGAAGGGAAACUCUUCUACCACCAUCAUGGACCACAUAGCCCUCAAUCUGUAAUGACCCAGCUGGCUUUCCAUGUGCAGGAUGACCAUGACCCACCCAAUCUAUCCAACUAGCACUUCUUCACCAUAAAGGUCCAGCCGGUGGACAUGCUGAGUCCAGAGCUGUAUCCAGGAGCAACCUUAAAAAUGACUGUGCAAGAAUACCAACUCACUCACUUCCAGAAGAAAUUCCUCCAAUAUGUUGAGCAGGACUCAGAUGACCAGAACCUGUGGUACACCCUACGGACACCCCCAACUGACACAGAUGGCACAGUCCAGGCUGGAGAAAUUGUGUUCACUGAUUCACCAGACACACCCAUCAUACACUUCACCCAGGUGCAGGUAAAUCACCACAGUGGUGCCUACCAGCCUCCACAGCCUCCUUGGGUUGUGCAGUUCACCUCGGUGGAAGAUGCUGCAAGCAAUAGUGUGCCAGGCACAUUCACAUUAUUCCUGCAGCCUGUGGACAACCAGAGGCUUACUAUCUUAGAAGGAGACAGCUUUAUCCUCAGCAGUAACGAGCUAGAUGUUGCAGACCCUGACACAGACAUUGACCAAAUUGUUUUCAUAUUAGUCGGGGGGCCCCAACAUGGAAACUUGCAGUACUUUAAAAAAUGUAUGGUACCAGGGGAAUUUUUCACGUGAGCUGAUAUUAUUAAUGGGAGUGUCUCUUACCAGCAUGACAGAGACCAGACUACCAGUGACACCUUCCAUCUGGAGGUAAGUGAUGGAGUGCCCCAUGUACCCAUCACUGUCCAAAUUUCUGUGCAUCCUACUACAGCUGACAAAAGUCACAGGAUCUCUAUCACAGAUAGCUCAUUAUUGAAUGUUUCCACAGAUGUACCAGAGAACAGAGCCACUGAGAUCACCAAUGUCAUCCACGGCAAAAAGAAGGACACAAGUGACUUGAUGUUAUCUUUCAUUGUGGAGGACAGCCCCAAGCUGGGCACUAUUCUGGUGAAUGGUUUGCCUACAGAAAAAUUCACCGAGGACCUCAUCAGGAGGGAAGUAGUCCAUGUCCACGCUGGAGGUGAAGUUGGUUUCCAAAAGCAGCAUGAUGUCGUCAGCCUUGCCCUCUCCAAGGAUUCUUCUCAGUGGGUAGUAGGGAACAGCACAGUGGAGAGGGUGCAGGUGCAAGUGACUGUGCUGCCUGUGGACAACACGGGCCCCAAAGUCUUGGUGGGGGAAUCCUUCAUUGUCCAUGAAGGUGGGAAGAGCACCUUGAUCUUACAACAUCUCAACACUGAAGAUGUGGACACUCCCUAAGAUGAAGUCGUAUGCACAGUAACUGAUGAGCCUGCCUCUGGUUACCUGGAAAACAUUGCACCAGCUCCUCGUUCAGAAGUGUCACGGGCUGGUAACCCCAUCAGUGCUUUCUCCAUCAGAGAUGUCGGAGUGAGGCAUAUCAGUUACGUACAGAGUAUCCACAAGGGGAUAGAGCCACAAGAAGAUCAAUUCACCUUUUAUUGCUCUGAUAGCAUCAAUUUCUCCCCAAAUGUUUCCUUCCCUAUAAUCAUCUUACCCACCAAUGAUGAGAAGCCUGAACUUCUUGGCCAAGAGUUUGUGUUAUUAGAGGGAAUGAGCUUGGUCAUAGACAUGCCACUGCUGAAUGGAGCAGAUGCUGACCUGCCACCAAAGGAGCUCCACUUUGAAUUCACAGCACUCCCUAGGCAUGGAUGAAUCACACAGCCUGCCACAGGCAGCCAGCCCAUCCACAGUUUCACCUUGCAGGAGAUCCAGGGGGCCUCCACCAUCGUGUAUGAGCAUGAUGACUCAGAGACCACAGAGGACAGUUUUGAGGCCUGGCUGAGUGACAGAAAACACUCCACCCACAGGAAGGUGCCCACUGUGGUGAUCCUGGUGGACGAUGAAACCCCUCAGCUGACCAUCCACGAUGGGCUGGAAGUAGAGACCAGACACUCUGAGGUCAUCACAAAUCAGGUCCUCAAAGCCACAGAUCCUAACUCAGAUGAUAAGAGCCUCAGUUUUGUCCUCCAUUCUGAACCUCAACAAGGGCUUCUACAGCAACUGGAAAAACCCAAAGGGGAAGUGAGGAACAACCUCACUCUGGGAAUGGACUUUACUAGGGAUGAGAUUGACAGAGGCCUCAUCUGUUAUACCCACACAGGACAAGAAGGGAUUGUUAACUUUAUCAAGUUUGAUGUGACGGAUGGGGUUGACCCUUUGAUAGACCGUUACUUCUAUGUCACCAUUGGCAACUUAGACAAGGUCUUCCCUGAGGUAGUCAGCAAAGGGGUCACCUUGAUGGAGAGUGGCAAAGUAACCCUCACCACCAAUCUACUCAGCACUAGUAAAAUCAAUAGCCCUGUUGAACAACGUUACUUUAGCAUCACACAAGCUCCUAGUCUGGGCCACUUGGAAAGCUCUGAACACCCCGGGGAGCCCAUUACCUCUUUCACUCAGCUUCAACUGGCAGGCAACAAAAUAUCCUAUGUUCCUACUCCAAAAGAUGAGAUAAAGAUGGAUAGCUCUGAGUUUCGAGUGACUGAUGGACACAAGCCUAUGUUCAGAACCUUCAGGUUAUUCAUGACAGAUGUGGAUAAUGAGAGGCCUGUCCUGACCAUCCGUAAACUAACAGUGCAGGAAGGGGAUAGCAAACCGAUCACUCCCUUUGAAUUGACAGCAGAAGACAAGGAUACCCCAGAUGAUCUUAUUCUCUUUACCAUCACCCAGGUCCCCAUCCACAGCAGGAUUUUGUAGAAUGGUAGCGUUCCUGUGACAACUUUCACCAAGCAGGACCUGGACAAGAAUCUCAUUAUCUACUGGCAUGAUGGCAGUGACACUACUGAAGACAGUUUCUCCCUGACUGUGACAGAUGGCACUAACACUGAUGUCUAUGUCUUCCCAGACACUACCCUAGAAACACACAAUCCUCAGGAAAUGAGGAUCCAGAUAAGUGCUCUAAACAGGCUCCCCCAGAUUGCCAUUAACAGGGGUACCCCGGUCUUGAAGUGCCUUCACAAUAGACACACGGGCUUCCUGAUUACCAGCAAGUUUCUGAAGGCAGGAGAUCAGGACAGUCCCCACACAUUCCUGAAGUAUAGAGUGACCAGAGGACCAGAGCACAGCUUCCUUAUUAACACUGACCUUGGAAAUGAGCACAUGCGAGUGUUUACACAAGCUGGCAUUGAUGAGAUGAGGAUCUACUAUACCUUGCACCAGGGCAGUCAUGCAACAGAGGACAUCUGCUACUUCUCUGUUGAAGACAAUGGAGGAAAUAAACUCACAAAUCAGUCUUUCCAUCUAAACUGGGCUUGGAUUUCUUUGGAGAAAAAGUACUACAUCGUGGAUGAAGACUGCACAUUAGAAGUGACCCUCACAUGCAGAGGAUACCUUGGAGAAACAACCUUUAUCAGCAUUGAAACCAAAGAUAAAACAGCAAAAAAAGAUAAAGAUUUUAAAGGAAAAGCCAAUAAACAGAUCCAAUUCAACCCUGGACAGACUACAGCCUCAUGGAGGGUGAAAGUUAUAUCUGACAAUGAAAAUGAGGCUUCAGAGACCUUCCAGAUUAUUCUGUUGGACCCUGUCAUGGCUGCACUGGAGUUUCCCAAAAUGGCAACAGUUGCAAUUGUAGACCCUGGCGAUGCCAGCACAGUUUAUAUUCCAGAGGCUGAGUACAAAGUAGAGGAGAAGGUUGAGGAGCUUUUGAUCCCUAUAAGGUGGUCUGGAGAUGCAAGCCAGGAGCCAACCAUCACUUGCUCUACACAUCAAGGUUCUGCCACAGGCUCCAUCCCUUCCACAGUGUUACUUUCUGACUUCAUCUCACAUCUGCAAGACCACACCAGCAUCCUCCACUUCAACAAGGAUGAGACUGACAAGACCUGCCAGGUCCUGAUCAUCAACGACUCCCUUUAUGAGGAGGAGGAAUUCUUCAGUGUUUCCUUGAGCCUGCCUUAGGGACAGCGACUGGGAGCCAAAUUCCCCACAACCAGGGUGAUUAUCCUGGCUGAUCAUGAUGAUGAAGGUGCCCUUCUGAAGCACUUUGGGGAUGUUGAGUAUCAUGUUGCUGAAAGUGCUAGCUAUGUCUGGAGAACAGGCACUGAUCUUUCCCAAGCAUCAUCCGUCACUAUGCACUCCAGGAAGACAGAGCAGGAGUCGGCAGAAGAACAGUAUGAAUUCCAGAUUAUCAGUGAUCAUGUAGCUAUUGCAAACCUUAAAAAUAUGGAAAAGCCUAAAAGGAUAUGCCUGAAAAAGGAAUGCUGCCAGUCAUCUCCACAUGGCCUCUGGCCAACUUCUAGCUCACCCUCAGCCUUGAUGGGCAUCCACAAGUGCUCUAAUCUUCUGAAUGACAGCAAGCUCCACACCAAGCAUGGCUUCAAAAUGACACAUGCCAAGCGCCCAGAAGGUCCUGGGCAGAGUGUCCUCUACCAAUAUAAUGCCUCCCUGAGACCUGCUCACAUCCUCUGA